UCGUCACACCUAUAGUACUCCGACCAUUACUGUGCACUCCCUCAGACCCAAAAAGUUGAAAAGGCACUUCAACAUUAGCUGAAAGUCUAAAAACUGGUAUGGUAUCAACCCUUUUGGAACCAAAAUGGAAUGCGGUUACAAAGACUAGAAUGAGUCUUCAUCGUCAAUGUUGGUAUUGUCCACAGCAAUCGGAGAUGAGAGAGGAGGUUUUCCUACCAUAGAAGUAGAACUGUUUUGGGUAGUUUUGUACCCAAAAAAAGGAUGUAUCCAAUGCUCUAGGCUAGGGAGGGUCAUAAUGUUUGCAGCCUUACCUCGCUUCGUGUAUGCGUGUUUUGUAAAGGAAAUCUUGAUUUUGCAUGAUGUGGUUAGUCACGUAAUCUUUCCUCUUCAUUUUCUCGAUAGUUUGUUUUAUGGUCAAUUUGAAUUGCGCUGGAAUCCUUAGAUUCUAGUUGUCCAUAAAAUGUAUCCUAUACACCACAUGAUGAUGUGACCACUGGAAUUUUACCUGCUUGUUGUCUUCCACCCAAAACGGUUCCUCCUACAGAGAAUCAAAUGAGAAGAAAGACUUUAAUGAUCCUGCAUUGUGGAAUUUGUCAAUGUAGAAUAUUUCCACAGUUCCUCCUGCUCAGAUCUUUAAUAAUGGAGUCCUCAAUGGAUGAUGCUAUCCAACACUUCAAGCACACAAUUGGCAACGUCAUAGAUUCUUCAGCAAAUCCCAAUUUCUCAGAACUUAAAAUCAUUGUGGGUUUAGCUGUUUCAGCCUCAUCAAUCAAGCACAAACCAUACUCUUGUGUUCUUCUUCUUCUUCUUAUUCCAUGAUGAACCAAGAGGCAUCUUCUCUUUCAUGGUUUCAUGAUGUGUUCAUAUCUUCCAUUGAAGAAUACACAAACCAGAGCUUCAUGGACGAACUCUAUACUGCUCUGGUGCAGGCCAAGAUAGGCGUCUUCAGAAAUGGAGAAAUCGGCACUGAACGGUUGAAAGCCAUUGAAGAAUCAAGGGUUGCAAUCAUUAUUUUCUCUAUGAACUAUGUAUGUUCCACAUGGUACUUGGAUGAGCUAGUUAGGAUCCUUGAAUGCACGAAAAUGGUCAGCCAGACGGCUCUGCCGAUCUUUUAUGAUGUGGACCCAUCUGAUGUUCGAAAACAGAGUGGGAGUCUAGCAGAAGCAUUUGCAGAAUUUGAAGAAAGUUUCAAGUUGGAGACAGGGAAGGUGCAGAGAUGGAGAGAAGCUCUCACUGAAGCAGCAAAUCUGUCCGGGUGGGAUUUAAGAGAUGUGGCCAAUGGGCAUUAUUCCAAGUUUAUCGAUAAAAUAUUUGAAGAAGUUUUGGCUAGAUUGAAUCAAAAGCAGUUGGAUUUUGAUACUUAUUUAGUUGGCAUGGAUUCUCAUGUGAAUAAAGUUAAUUCGUUGUUAAGUAUUGAAUCAAGUGAUAUCCGAAUUAUUGGGAUUUGUGGUGUUGGUGGAAUAGGUAAAACAACCAUUGCUAAGGCUGUUUAUAAUUUGAGUUUUCAUAGAUUUGGUGGUAGUAGCUUUCUUGCAAAUGUUAGAGAAGCUUCAGAACAGCCCGAUGGUUUAGUCCGUUUGCAAGAACAACUUCUUUCUGAUAUCUUGAUGAAACAGAACAUUAGGAUAAAUAAUGUUGACAGAGGAGUCAUGUUGAUUGAGAAAAGACUAAAAUACAAAACAGUUCUUGUCAUUCUCGACGAUGUUGAUGAAUUGAAUCAAAUAAAUGCAUUAGUCAGAAAGCGAGCUUGGUUUGGUGCAGGAAGUAGAAUCAUCAUAACUACCCGAGAUAAGCACCUGCUAAAUGUGUUGGAAGCAGAUGAAGUGUAUAAGGUUGAAGGACUGAAUACCAAUGAGGUUCUUCAGCUUUUCAGUUGGCAUGCCUUUAGAACAAAAAGUCCUUUAGAAGAUUAUGUCAAGAUCUCAUUUGAAGUGGUAGAUUAUGUUGGAGGGAUCCCAUUAGCUCUAAAGGUUUCUUUUCUAUUGGGCAGAAGUUAAAAAGAAUGGAGAACUGCAAUAGAGAAAUUAAAGGGAAUCCAACAUAACGAAAUCCAAGAAAAACUUCGAAUAAGCUUUGAUGCGCUAGAUGAUACAGAAAAGGACAUAUUCCUCGAUGUUGCAUGUUUCUUUGUUGAAAUGAACAGGGAUGAUGUGAUAAGAAUACUAGAGGGUUGUGGUUUCUUUGCAGAAAUUGGAAUCAAUGAUCUCAUUCAUCGAUCUCUUAUAAAAAUCACUGAAAAUAAUGUGAUUUGGAUGCAUAGCAUACUACGAGAGAUGGGAAGGCAAAUUGUUCGUGAAGAAUCCAUAGAAAUUCCUGGCAAGAGAAGCAGAUUGUGGUUUCGUCAAGAGACGUUUGAAGUUUUCACAAAAUGCAUGGUAAGAGAUAAAUGUUUGAUUUUAUACAAUACAAAGAAGAACAGGGAUGAGAAGCGAAUCCAAUAUAAUAAUUCCCAUUUUUCCCUAAUAAUGGCAGGGAAGCUUUUUCUCACUUUUGAUAUGUUUUUGUGUUGGUAUGCGAACUUAUUUAUGUACUUGUCCCAUUCUCUUUGUUGUCAGGGAACAAAGGCAGUUGAAGGACUUUCCCUAGAUUUGUCGAAAUUAGAAAUUGUAAACUUCAAUACUGAAGCAUUUGCAGAGAUGUCCAAAUUGAGACUACUCCAUGUCAAUUAUGUACACCUUCUAGGAGACUAUAAGCAUCUUUCUAAAGAGUUGAGAUGGCUCUUUUGGCAUGGAUUUCCCUUAAACUCAAUACCAAACAAUUUUAAUAUGGAGAACCUUGUUUUCCUCGACAUGCAACAUAGCAAUAUCAGAGAAUUCUCAGAAGAAAGCAAACUACUCAGGAAAUUGGAAGUUCUCAAUAUUAGUCACUCCACGUUCCUAAAGACAAACCCAAACUUCGCAAGACUCCCUAAUCUUGAAAAGUUAAUACUAGAAGAUUGCAACAGUUUGGUUGAGGUUAACAAGUCCAUUGGAAAUUUGCACAAACUUGUUUUUCUGAAUCUGCAAGAUUGUAGAAGCCUAAAGGAUCUUCCUGUCACCAUUUGUAGUCUGACAUCUCUUGAAAAUCUUACUCUUUCUGGUUGUUCAAAACUUGACAAUUUACCAGAGGAGUUGGGAAAUAUGGGAAGCUUAAAAGAGCUUUUUGCAGAUGGAACCGCUAUAAAACAACUACCCUUCUCCACUGGACAUCUCAAGGACCUAAAAUCCUUAUCCAUUGGUGGGUUUAAAGGAUCACAACAUAAUUAUUGGCAUUCUUUCUUCUUAUAUUGGUGUUCAGCAAGUAAGGCUCUCAAUUCCAUCAACAUACUACCGGCUUCUUUCUCACUUUUACGGUCCUUAAAAUGCCUAAAUUUGAAGGACUGCAAUUUAUCAGAAGGGGCAAUUCCUUGUGAACUUGGGACUUUAUCCUCAUUGGAAGAGUUAAAUCUUGGCUACAACAAUUUUUGUAGCCUGCCUGCCAACAUUAGUUCUCUUUCUCGUCUCCGGAAUCUUCUGUUGCAGGAAUGUAGAAUGCUUCAAUCACUUCCAGAGCUUCCAUCAAAUUUAGAGGCAUUGUACACCGACGGUUGCACUUCAUUGCAAAGUUUGCCAGAGCUUGGUAACUUAUCAUCGUUGUUUGAAUUGGAUUUAGGCUAUAAUAAUUUAUUUAGCCUACCAUCCAGUAUUGGUAGGCUCCAAUCAAUUCCGGAACUUCCAUCAAGCGUGUGGAACUUGAACCUAGAAGGUUGCACAUCCAUGGAAAGAUUAUCAAAUUUAUCAAAUCUAAAGGAAUUGCCAGACUUGUUGCUCAGGAAUUGUGGCAAAAUAGUUGAGAUUCAAGACUUGGAGAAAUUGGAAUUGGUUCGAUCCAUUCACCUUGAAGGUUGCAACAAUUUGUCAAAUGCUUUUAAGCAGAGGGUCCUACAGACAUUGCCAAAAGGUGGUGAGCUCAACAUCUUUCUUCCUGGAUGUGAAAUACCAGAGUGGUUCAGCCAUCAGAGUCUGGGGUCUUCAGUUUCUUUUGAGGUGCCUCCACUUUCAGAUUAUAAGAUCCAAAAGCUAAUUCUUUGUACUAUUUAUGCGGCAGAAGAACUUUACAUAGAGGACGCAGAUUCUCCUUUCCUUAAUGUCAAUAACAAAACCAAGAGUAUUAAGUGGAGAUACAGUCCAACAGCUGCUGGAAUUCUAACAGUCCCUCAAGAUCACAUGUGGGUUGGCUGUGUACCAGCUACCAAGUUUGGGAAUCUGUUGGGGGCUGGAGAUGAGGUGGAGGUUUCAAUAGAAAUGGAGAAACCAAUCAAAGUGAAGAAGUGUGGGAUUUAUCUCGCUAUUGGUCCAUAUGAAGAGUGUUCCGAGUCAGAUGAACAUGUGAGGAUCCAAUACAAUUCUUCUUCAGAAGACGAUGUUGAUACGGAUGGAAAUGUAUCAAUAGUAGAUGGAAGAGGGGCUAAGAGAAGCCGUGAUGAGAUGGGUCACAGUAGCUCCUGGUCUGAUGAGGAGCCAGAUCCUAAACGGCUGACUGAUGAGGCAGAGGGAGAGGAAGGAGGAGGCUACAGCAGUUAUUUUAAGCACUUCUCUAAAGGAUUCUUGAAGAAACUAUAUGGUGAAGGAUUAAUUAAAAAGAAAAAGUGAAAUGAGUCCUCUCAUCUAUAUAAUCUCCAAUCUUGACUGGAGAGUGUAACUGUUUAGCGAGACAAAAUAGAUAGUGAGCAUUGGUUGUAAGUAAGCUAAUUUUGUGAUUCAAUGUACUUCAUAUUUCUGUUCCAAUGAAUUUCCUCUUUAUUCUUGAUUUA